AGAUACGUGCGAUUUGACACGUGAAGUCAGAAGUCAGUUAGUUUGUGGAUCUGUCACGAGAUUCGUGUCGCGUGUAAACUUUAACAUGACUUCCUCGCUGUUGUCCGCGUUAAACAGGAGUUUACACGCUACAGUUCGACUCUGCAGCGUGUUUCAGCCCAAAAACGUGUGUAAGUCUCACGUUAUAGCAGGAGGAAGGUGGUCUACAGGGUGGUCUACAGGGUGGUCUACAGGGUGGUCUAGAAGGUUUACAAACAUGACCGAUACACGUGGAUCACCUGCUUUCGGUAAAUGCACUAAAGGUGUGUUGAUGGCAGCCGGUGUGUUCGGUACGGUGGCUGUCGGUGUGUGUGGUCUUCAGCAAGCUGAGAUGGCCACCAGAGUGAAGAAGGUGGAGGAAGAGGUGGAAGGAGACGUCGCAGAGAGAUGCAGGAAUCUCAUGGCGCCUCCGGUCACCGACGUGCGCGUGCUGGAGCAGAGGAAGCACGAGAUGAGGAGCAGGAUGGAGAUGCUCAUCAUGGAGACCCAGGCUGACUUCUGCAGAGCUCUGGAGGAGGUGGACGGAGGAAGGUUCAGAGUCGAUCGCUGGAGCCGUCAGGAAGGUGGCGGAGGGAUCAGCUGUGUGUUACAGGACAGUAAAGUGUUUGAGAAAGCUGGCGUGAAUGUCUCGGUGGUGUUCGGUCACCUGUCUGAAGAAGCGGCCAAACAGAUGCGCAGCCGUGGAAAAGAGCUGAAGGGGAAAGACGGGAAGCUGCCCUUCGUCGCAAUGGGCGUCAGCUCUGUGAUCCACCCCAAAAACCCCCACAUUCCCACAGUGCACUUCAACUACAGAUACUUUGAGGUGGAGGAAGCAGACGGCAGUAAGCAGUGGUGGUUUGGAGGAGGAACUGAUCUGACUCCAGUUUACAUAAACGAGGAUGACGGCGUUCUGUUCCACAGUGUUCUCCGUGACGCCUGUGACAAGCACAACCCUCAGUAUUACCCCAACUUCAAGAAGUGGUGUGACCGUUACUUCUACAUCCGUCAUCGGAAUGAGACUCGGGGCAUCGGCGGGAUUUUCUUUGAUGAUUUGGAUUCCCCGAGUCAGGAGGAGGCCUUCAGCUUCGUGAAGAGCUGCGCUAAGACGGUGGUGCCGUGCUACCUGCCCAUCGUCCGUAAACACCUCGCCGAUACGUUUACUCAGGAGGAGAAAGACUGGCAGCAGAUCAGACGCGGCAGGUACGUGGAGUUUAACUUGGUGUACGAUCGCGGUGUAAAGUUCGGCCUCGCUACGCCUGGCUCCAGGAUUGAGAGCAUCAUCAUGUCUCUGCCUCUCACAGCACGGUGGGAGUACAUGCACGAACCUGCUGAAGGCACUAAAGAAGCAGAGAUGCUGAAAGUUUUACGCAGCCCUAAGGAGUGGAUCUGAGAGACCACACACACACACACACACUCUAAACGCCCUUUAUAAUAGUGAUGAUGUCACUGAUGCAUUACAUUCAGGUCCAUUGCUGCCUGCUCAUUAUUCUCUCCAGGAUUAUAAUUAAACCUUCAGUCUUUUCCGUCUUUUCUUCGUUCUAGACGUCUGUUUCAGACUCUCUUUCAGACAGACGCUAAACCCUGGUCCACACAGGACAUGUCCCACGUCACUCGUCUCUCUGUAUUUAGUGUGUUACACUUCUUUUGUAGCCUGGAGUGUGAUUUCUGCUGAUUCGGGGCCUGAUUAGUCCUCAGCUGAAGGGCUGCUGUUCUUCUUCUUCUGAGGCAUUAAGCUUGGUCCGUGCCUGCGUAUGCGUGCGUGCGUAAUUUUACUGUUCAGGUGACAAACACAUUUGUAAUUAUUUUAUAAGAAGAUCAAGUUUAUAGCAUGUUUAUAAACAUUGUGAAAGAUCCGAGAGAUGUGAAUCAUGUGAUUUUGUUUGUUAAAUCUUAAUAUCCAUCCAUGUUUGUAUCAUAACCACUGACAUAAACUCACAGAGGGCAGGUGUUAAAAUUUGUAGUUAAACCUACGAUUGUAUAAAUCACUGAAGUUGGGAGAAUGAGACCGAAAUGAAAGAACUAGGUCAUAAAUCUGUUCUCGUGUAGUUUUAUUAACCAAGUGAAAAGUAGUUCCUGUUAUCUGUGAGGUAUCCCUACGCCAUUCCAGCCUCAGAUGCACUGUAACCUUAACAAAGCUUGUGAUCCUCCUGAGGAAAAGUCCUUCAUCUCUUCAUCUUACUCAAAGUAAAAUAAACAUUGAUUAGAAAUCUUCACCCUCUGCCCUCAGACAGCUUCCACGUGAAGUGAGUUCGGAGUAAACGUGUUUCCUUCUGGUGAAACGUGGACGAAUCCCUCCGAGUUUUCCUUUAAUGUUCAGAUACAACUGAAAGCUGGAUCUACGUACGUGUUCUAGGAGAGAUGUUAUUACACCUUUAUAAUGCCUUUAUUAUGCAGUAACAUUUCUACAGUCCUUUUGCCCUUGCUUUUAAUAAGAAUGAAUAUUUGUUCGUAUAAUCUGCAUUUUGUACGUUUAUUUUGAUCUCAAAUAAAAGAUAUCUUUGUAAGACUAUUUAAAAA